GCUCCUUUUCUUUCUCCUUCCCCAGUGCACGCGUGAUAUCGAGAGGAUACGCAGAGCCAUUUUUAUAGGCUCUGAGGGUACGCAAGCUUUAAUCUUGUAGAACCAUACGCCGGGGACGCAAUAUUUCUCGCCGCGAUGGAAGUGGCUGUCCUACCACCCAGAGCUCGAGGUAGAGGAGGUCCUCCUGGAGUGCUCCUGGGUCACGUGGCGCCGCUGCAGUACAGAGCCCAAGAAUCUUCGUUCGCUCAAGCGAUCCAGCAUCACGUCGCAAGGGGACAGCGCCGAAGUCAGCAGCAGACAGGUGACCCUCGUACGGUGGCUCCAACUGAGGGGCCCCGCUCUGCUGACGGCACUUCUCCGCACCAGAACGGAGGCUCUCCGCGUACGUCCACCCUCAACUUGUCCAUCAAAUCUGCCGAUGAGAUGAAAAUUCAGGAGCUGGAACGUAGCUUGCCGUCGCACUUCCCGAGGCGACCGGCACAAGGAAAGCAGGGCAGGGUCAUCCAAGUGACUGCAAACCACUUCAGUAUAGAAAUUCCCAGCGGGAACGUGUUCCACUACGACGUCGAGAUAUUCUCCGAAGCGCGCAAGGAAGCCAAGGUACCCGAAAAGCGGAAGUAUCGAUGUAUGAGCACUAAGAUCAACCGGAUGAUUAUUGAGCUGCUGGCGAAGAAAUAUCGUCAUGAACUCAGCAACUGCAUCCCAGCCUUCGACGGUCGAAAGAACCUUUAUACGAGACGGGAGCUCAAGUUCAGGGAGCGCACCUUCUCGGUCGACUUCGAGGAAGACCAACGAGUGCAGAAAUUUAUUGUCAAAAUUCAGUACGCGGCCACUGUCAACCUGGACGCUUUGCACGCGGUCUUCGACAGCCGCGUCAACACAGUGCCGCAAGACGUGAUUCAAGCCGUGGACAUCAUCUUGCGUCACGGACCGUCCAUAGAGUUGACACCCGUGGGCAGGUCUUUCUUCAAACCGCCCCAAAACAACAGCAGCCUCGGUGGCGGCCGAGAGGUAUGGUUCGGCUAUUACACCAGCGUCCGCCCUGCUCAAUGGAAGCCUAUGCUCAAUAUUGACAUGUCAGCUACGGCCUUCUACGAGCCCAUUCCGGUUCUGACCUUCAUGUGCCGUAUAUUUAGUGACGGCCGUCGAGGGCUCAGCCCGACAGACUACAGAGAACUGCGCGACUCCCAAGCUGUUCGUCUCAGUAAGGAGCUCAAAGGGCUGCGCAUCAAGGUAAAUCACCUCCCUUACCCUCGUCGCUACAAGGUGGUGAGGGUGACCAAGGAACCCGCUAGGAAGCUAUAUUUUACCAUGGAGGACGGCUCUCGCAACAACGUUGCAGACUACUUCCAGAGCAAGUAUGGCCGACUGACAUACCCGAACCUGCUGUGCGUGCAGAGUGGCAGCUCAUCUCACCCAGUGUUCCUGCCCUUUGAAGUGUGCGAGAUUGUGGAAGGUCAGCACUGCAAGAAGAAAUUGGACGAGAAGCAGACAUCUGAGAUGAUAAAGCGCACUGCGCAGCCACCGUCCAAGAGGUUCCUUGAGAUUAGACAGUCCGUCAAGGACUUCGUCACCAGCAAUGAGCCCUACCUGAAAGAGUUCGGCAUCAAGAUCAGCACGGACCCGACGCAGCUGAACAGUCGUGUACUGGACCCACCCACUCUAGUGUUUGAGAACAGUAGCGUUACCAAGCCACACAAAGGCUCUUGGGAACUGCGUGGUAAACACUUUUACAAAGCUGCCUCUGUCAGCCGCUGGAUUGUCCUGAAUUUGAGCAGGCUCCCACAAAAGCAUGACAUUUACAACUUCGUCAAAAUGUUGGUACGAGUGGGCCAAGAACUGGGAAUGAAGUUUGAGAUGCCAGCCGACAUUGUAGCAGGUGACGCUCAUAGAAAACCAAUGAAGAACAUCUUCGCCGACGUCAUGCGCAGGUAUUCUGGGCUGGAGAUUGUACUUGUCGUGCUUGCAAAGAACAGCAACUACGCAGAGAUCAAGCAAGUGUGUGAGACUGAACUGGGCCUGCGGACACAAUGCAUCAAGGACAAGAAUGUGAACGAGGAGUGCAGUGCAGCUCUUGUCACUAAUCUCUGCCAGAAGAUCAACGCUAAAAUGGGAGGCACCAACAACAGCCUGCUUUCGCAGGAAAAGCCGUCCAUCUUCCAUAAGCCAGUGAUCAUAAUUGGGGCUGACGUGACCCACCCUGCCCCAGGGGACAAACUUCGCCCGUCCAUCGCAGCCUGCGUGGGCAGCCUGGACUCUAUCCCUUCCAAGUUCCACGCAUCCAUUCGCGUGCAAAUGGAAGACGCCGCUGCUACAUCCAGAGUCGAGAUAAUAAAGGACCUGAAGGACAUGAUGAAAGACAUGUUGAAAGCAUUCUAUCGCGCUACUAAGCACAAGCCUGAAAGCAUAAUCUUCUACAGGGACGGUGUCAGCGAAGGACAGUUCAUGGAGGUUCGCAACCGAGAAGUGUCUGCCAUCCGACUUGCAUGCCAGGAGUUGUCCCCAAACGAGACUUAUGAGCCAGCGCUUACGUUCAUCGUUGUGCAGAAAAGGCACCAUACGAGAUUCAUGCCUUCCAGUGACCGUGAUGGCGUGGGCAAGUGCGGCAACGUUCAGCCGGGAACCACGGUGGACUCUGUUGUUACGCACCCGUUGCACUUUGACUUUUUCCUCUGUUCCCAUUUCGGCAUACAGGGCACCAGCAGGCCGUCUCAUUACUACAUCGUGUGGGACGAUUCAAGCUUUACCGCGGAUGAUGUGCAGAAGUUGAGCUACUACCUAUGCCACACGUAUGCGCGUUGUGCUCGCUCUGUCAGUAUCCCGGCACCUGUCUACUAUGCACAUUUGGCUGCCUACAGGGCUAAGGACCACGUGGCUAGCAAGGUGGACGUGUCGAGUUCAAGCAGCGACUCAUCAGGGGACAGUGGGGACUCAGUAUCCACCCGUCAGUACGUAGAGGCUGUCAAAGUUCUCGACUCCCUGCAAACUGCCAUGUAUUUCGUUUGAGUUUUCGUUUUCUGUGUUCUCUUCGUUUGUCGUGAAAUAAAGUUGCAUUUUCACCAUUCUACAGAA